AAUCGUGUAAAUAUUUUUUUGUAUUAACAGGUUUCUGAAUCGAGUUUUAUUCGUAUAUCAAUCGAAAGUAUAUCAAAUGCGUCUAGACGCGAUUCAUGUGAAAUGCUUGUUUGCGUCAAGAUGCAGUUCCAACUAAAAGGGUGUGGGUGUGGGUGUGGAUUUAGAUACAGAGCACUCACACCCACACCCGCCAUUUCACAUUAUAAUCAAUACUAAGAAGUCACUUUGACAAAGGAUGAAGAGCUGGAAAAUUUAAUGAUAAUGGUGUAUUUCAAUUUAGCUCGAUUGUAUUAUCGUCAAGAAAAUUGGACAACAGCUUUGCAAAUUUUUCAAAAAUCACUUAAUAUGGUUUUUGAACAAGAUCAACAACAUCCACAGUUAGCAGAAAUUUGUAAUUGUUUAGGAUUAACUUAUGCGCAUAGAAAAGAUUGUUUAAAAGCAGAACAUUAUCAUAGAUUGGCUGUAGAAGUAGCUGAAAAAAUUCUUCCAUAUGAUCAUCCAGAUCUUCAGCGAUAUCAGUAUCAGUUUGAAAUAACUGUACUUCAACUCAAUAGAAUUGGUAUCCAGCAUUCAUAA